AUGCCAGGAGGAAUACAACAAGCUUCGCAACUUUAUAGGACUCUCAAAGAUGAAUUUACUUCUGCUUCACCUGACUUGAAUAAAUGUGGCACUUAUUUAGCAAAACUCAAGAUUGCGUUAUCAGAAAUGCAACUUUUGCUCCCCGGAGAAGUUACUAAUGCGGACGAACUUCUUAUUGCACGUGAAAUCUUAGAAAUUGGAGCCUACUGGAGUGUUCGCGUUAAGGACAUACCAUCCUUUGAACGAUAUAUAGCCCAAUUGAAUACAUAUUACACCGACUACAGUUCGCAGCUCAAACCUUCAGAUCAAAUGUACCCUUUAACCGGAUUGAAUCUUCUUCGAUUACUUUCCCAAAAUCGUAUCGCUGAAUUUCAUACUGCCUUGGAAAAUAUUGAACCAGAACAACUUUUGGAAAAUCCUUUUAUCAAACAUCCAGUUCAUUUAGAACAAUAUCUCAUGGAAGGAAGUUAUAAGAAGGUGUGGAAUGCUAGAGAAGAAGUACCUGCACCAGAGUAUCUUUUUUUCAUUGAUAUUUUAAUGGGGACUAUCAGGAGCGAGAUUGCAAGUUGCAGUGAAAAAGCGUAUUCAAGCUUGCCUUUGAACGAUGCUGCGACACUACUGUUCUUUAGUAAGCUUAACGAUGUAAUGAAUUUUGCGGUUGAGCGUGGGUGGAAUGUAAAUCCAACGGAGCAGAAAAUUUAUUUCACGACUAAAGAUGACAAUCAGGUUGAGAUACCGCAUGAAAAUAUUAUUAGACAAGCGCUUAAUUAUGCGCGUGAAUUAGAACAAAUUGUGUGA